UUAUUGAUUCACGAUACUUGACGAAAAAUUGUCCACAAACGAGCAAUCGGAGCAUACAUUAUUGCUAUCGUGUUAGACCCACGUUUCCUUUCUGCCUAAAUUUCAUUUUUGGAGCUGUCAUUUUCGUAUAGUUUAUUUCUUAAGGAAAUUCUCGAAUUGGGUUCUCGGAUUUCUGCUUGAUUUAUGCAUCUCUACAUCAUCAAACAUCAGUAAUCUGCUUGACACUAUUCAGAUUUGAGAGUUAGCACACACUUUGAUGAUUUAAUUGAAGUUUAGGAUAAGGGUUAUUGACUUUCUCAACGAAUCUAAAAGGGAGAAAGGAAUCGAUGCAUUUUAUGCUGAAUUUACACCCUGCCACUGAAGAGAGAAACGAAGAUUUGUUGAUAUGAGGUGGGUAUCUAUUCAAAAUGUGUAUGUCUUCUAUUUGUAAGUAUAGGAGCUGCUUUUUUUGGGGGGGAAAUAUGAGGCAUGUAGCUUUGAUGCUAAUUGUGGUAAUAGUAAAUGUAGAUUAGAGAAUUCGUGGAUUUUGUUUUGUUGAUUUAGGUAUCAUGACCACGAUUAGAAGAACAUUGUCUCCAGUACCUAGGCCAGGGACUGUGCUAGGUGGAGAAGCUUGUUCAGUUGCUUCUCCAUUGUCGAAAUGUUCAUCUUGUAACCAGGACUAUACUCCAACAAGUGGAUCGGUUCCUAAUUCAUCUUUUGCAUCUACUGAAUACGCUUUGUAUCGUUUUCAAUCUCUAGUCUUAAAUCUUUUCCCAAAAAGAACUUCUAGGCCUUUAGAAAAGCAAAAACCCAAAGGAAAUCUCUGGAGGAGGUCUCUUUUUCAUUUCAUCGUAUGUUUUCUUGUUGGAGUUUUUGUGGGGUUUACCCCUAUUGUUUCAAUAAGAACCUCCACCAAUCUCAUGUCAAGAAACCAGGCUUUUUCCUUUGAGCAAUUCGGGAAAGUUCAAUUGAAUGAUGUUAGUCAUAUGAAAGUAGUGGAAACGGUGGUGGCCAGUAAUGUCUCAUCGGAUUUGGAGGGACAAAUGGGUCAAGCAAAACAAGAAAACGAAACUUCAAAUAGUAUUGUUCUUGUUCUUCCACAGAUUCAUGGUCCUGAGAUGGGUAUUGGCAAGUUUUUGAUAAUUGUGACCCCGACAUAUCCUAGGAUGUUUCAGGCGUAUUACCUUAAUCGUUUGGCACAUACUCUGAAGUUGGUACAGCCGCCUUUGUUGUGGAUCGUUGUGGAAAUGACAAGCCAAUCGGGUCAUACGUCUGAGUUGUUGAGGAGGAGUGGUGUUAUGUAUAGGCAUCUUGUAUGCACAAAGAACACAACAGAGAUUAAAGAUUCUAGAGUGCACCAGAGAAACGUGGCUCUGUUGCAUAUUGAAACGCAUCGGCUUGAUGGAAUCAUAUACUUUGCUGAUGAUACUAAUAUCUACUCUACCGAACUUUUUGACCAUAUGAGGCAGAUCAGGCGGUUUGGUACUUGGCCAGUAGCCAAACUUAAGAAGAACACAAGAGUAGCUACAUUUGUGGGGCCCAUUUGUAACGGGACACAAGUUAUUGGAUGGCAUACAAAUAAUGUGAUGCGAAGAUUCCAUAGGUUUCAUGCGGACUUAUCAGGAUUUGCUUUCAAUAGCACUAUACUUUGGGAUCCAAAGAAAUGGCACCGGCCUACUAUUGAACCAAUUAGGCAGCUCGAUACUCUCAAGGAUGGCUUCCAAAUCAGCAGUUUCUUAGAACAAGUUGUGGAGGAUGAGACAGAAAUGGAAGGAAUACCAAAGGACUGCUCAAAGGUAUUAGUUUGGCAUCUUCCUAUGGAUUCAUCAUCCGCCCAUCCUCAAGAAUGGUCGUUCAAAGUUAAUCUCGAUGCCAUUCUUCCGCUUUCAUUAUCAAUUUGAUGCUGCAAUCCAAGUUCUUUUAUAAGGCAGAUUGCUUGUGAUGACACAGAGGCGAGCGGUCAAACAUCACCGGUGUAUCGUGGAGGCAAAAUUUGCGUCCGCUGUAUCAUUUCAUUUUGUUUGUUUUAUGGUUCUGUAAGAUGAGUCGACCAUCGUUGUACAGUUGCCGACGACUACACUACCUCAUUUGUCUUUCAAUGCUUUCUUUUUGGCAAAAAAGCAAAAAGUUGCAGCAAA